AUGGACCACGUCGAGAAACUCUCAGACCUCAACCGAGAGAACCUGCAAUAUGACAAGUCAAACUCAAUCGCCAUCAUCAUCGGACUCGCCUUCAUGGUCAUCUUCCGCUUCAUCGGCUACCUCGCCUCAAGACCACCCAAGGUCUCCGCCAUCGGAAAACAGGGCUUCUGUCUCGUCGUCCUCGGUGAUAUCGGACACAGCCCCCGGAUGCUCCUCCACGCCAGGAGUGCAGUGAACGCCGGUUACAAGGUCGAUGUCAUUGGCUACAACGGAUCGCGCUUGCCAGAGGAUUUGGAGUCGAACCCCUCGAUCCACUUUCACUACUUGACCGAACUUCCCCGUGUGUCCGAGAGCUUGCCCCGCGUUUUGUACUACCUUUUUGCUCCGAUCAAGGCCACCUUCCUCGCCUGGCAGCUUUUCUAUGUUGCCAUGUUCAGAGUCGCCGCCCCUGAGGUCUAUGUUAUUCAGAACCCUCCAUCGAUCCCUACGCUCCAUGUCAUGCAGAUCGUCAACUGGCUCAAGCAGCGUCACCUCGUCAUCGACUGGCACAACUACGGCUCAACCGUCGUCGCGCACCGUCUCGGCCAACACAGCAUCUUUACCAAGUUCGUUGCUCUUUAUGAAAAGGUCUGGGGAUACAAGGCUACUAUCCAUAUCACCGUCAGCCGUGCCAUGGCUCGCGAGCUAUUGUACAAGUUUGAAAAGAGAGGAAAGAUUACCACCCUGUACGAUCGUGCCCCUGAGCAUUUCCGUCAGUUGACCGUUGACGAGGUUCACAACUUCCACGAGGAGUUGAAGCUGGAAACAUUGGUCAAGAAGCAAACAUUGAACAGCGACUUUUUACCCAAGAUUGGAGCCAACCAGACCUUGUUGACAGAAAAGAAGACUGCCUCUGGACCUGCAACCUUCCGUGCCGACCGCCCCGUUUUGAUCGUUUCGAGCACCAGCUGGACUGCCGACGAGGACUUUCAAAUCUUGUUGGAUGCUGCCAAGCAGUACGACGACUUGGCCAAGUUGGAGAACGGCAACAAAGCUGGCUCGAUCUACCGCAAGCUGUUGUUUGUGAUCACAGGAAAGGGACCCCAGAAGCAGCACUAUGAGGAGGUUAUUAGUAAGAUGGCCCUGGAGAACGUUGCGUUUGUUACCACUUGGCUCAGUGCUGAGGACUACCCUCUUUUGCUCGGCUCCGCGGAUUUGGGUGUGUCAUUACACACGUCAACGUCUGGGGUCGAUCUCCCCAUGAAGGUGGUCGACAUGUUUGGAUGUGCCCUCCCCGUCACCGCAUACAAGUACCCGACCCUCUCAGAAAUCGUCGUCGCAAAGUCCAAUGGCCUCGUCUUUGAGAAUGCUGGAGAGUUGAAGUCGCAGUUUGCUCAUCUCUUCAAGAACUUUCCUCUUGACAAGCCCGAGACCCAGACCCAAUUGGAGGGUAUGCGUCGUGUGUUGAGAAACUCGUUCCAGUUGACCCGCUGGAGCGAGAACUGGAACGAGAUGUUGUUGCCAUUGUUGAAGAACUUGGACAAGACCUGGGGGGAUUCGCAAAUGUUUGCGGAGCGACCUGUUUACACCCUCAACCCUCAUGAUACUCCCGCUCCCCUGGAGGAUGACCUCGAGGACGACGAUGAACUGUUGGACGACAAUUAA